UGCUUUCAAAAUCAAAAUACGAAAAACGUGCGUGUUUUUAUUUCACAAAUUAAUUAGUUUAGUUUCAGUGAGCUGCAAGAAAUAAAUACCUAUUAAUUGAAAGAAAAUAUUUGAUAUUAUCUCACAAUGGGCAAAAAAAAUAAAGAAGGUUUAGGGAGAUCUCUUAUAAAAGACAGGUUUUCGAAGAAUCGUCACCGUAAACAUGUUGAGGACAAUACAAUGCUGCACACCACGGAGGUGAAUGAUGGGUUCGACUGGGGCCGGCUGAACCUGCAGUCAGUGACUGCGGAGUCCUCUCUGCAGGAGUUUCUGUCAACUGCCGAGCUCGCUCAGCGUGAGUUCACAGCGGAGAAGCUCAAUGUUAGAUAUGUGAAGUCCACUCCCAGUGCUGUGGACAUUGUGACGUCACAGCCUGACUUUGAUGAGCCAUUGACUGUGCCAAGGAGACCUCCGUGGGCUCCUGGAGUGACAGCAGAAGAGCAGCUGUUGAAAGAAAGAGAUGCUUUCUUAGACUGGCGUCGACAUCUGAAUGAGUUACAGGCGAAACUUGGCGCAGCUUUGACUCCAUAUGAAAGAAACUUGGAACUUUGGAAGCAACUGUGGAGAACCCUGGAGAAGUCGGACAUUGUUCUCAUUCUGUUAGACUCCAGAAAUCCAUUGCUCUUUCGCUGUGCUGACUUGGAGAAGUAUGCUGCAGAACAAAAAUGCCAGUGCAUAUUAUUGUUAAACAAGGCUGAUUUGACCACAGAGUAUGAAAGGAAAUGUUGGGCAGAAUAUUUUAACAAAGAGAAAGUUCGCGUCAUAUUCUUUUCAGCUGCCAAAGAAACAGCUAAGGAGAGGAAAAUAUCAGAGGAGACUGAACCAAGCAAUGACGCAGGAGACUCAGAUUCCGACACAGAGUCCGCAACCUCUAGUAUCCCCGACGACAGUGGCGAAGAAAAAGAAGCCAUAAAGUCAACAGAAGAAGACAUAGAAAUGUUCAAAAAGCAACUAGGCGAUUUAGACGCGGCCGUGUCCACCACUGCCAAUAAGUUAGAUAGAAUACAAGAUGCGUUAGACAAGGUCCUUGAAAAUUUGAGACUAGGCACACCGGUGGAACCUUUCCACAGUGACGAGGCUAGUGCAAAGGUUGACGAAGAUGUGGGUACUGAAGACGUGUUGAAUUCGCAUGAAAUAUUCGACAGGGAUCAGUUGCUGGCUGUGUUGAAAUCUCAGAAGUUGAGGAGACUUAAGAACCCGCCGCGGAUUACCUUCGGCAUGAUCGGGUAUCCGAACGUCGGCAAGUCGAGUACUGUCAAUAUCAUUAUGCAAACUAAAAAGGUAUCAGUCAGCUCCAUGCCGGGCCACACACGCCACAUCCAGUCUCUACUAGUGGACGAGGGGCUCGAGGUGCUGGACUGCCCCGGGCUGGUGCUGCCCGCGUACGCCGUCGCGCCGGACCUGUUGCUCACUGCCGUGCUGCCCAUCGACCAGAUGCGUUCGCACGACGCGGCGAUGGCGCGCCUCUGCGAGCUGGUGGGGCGAGGCACGUUCCAGCAGAAGUACGGGCUGCUGCUGCCCGAGGCCAAUAACGACCAGAUGGACUACAAGCAGAUACUCACUGCGCAUGCGUUCAACCGCGGCUUCAUGACGGCGGCCGGGCAGCCAGACUCGUCGCGCUCCGCCCGCCUCCUGCUCAAGGACGCGGCGAGCGGGCGCCUGCGCUGGGCCGCGCUGCCGCCGGGCGCCGCGCCGCCGCCCGCCCCGGCUGUUGCCAGCCAGACUAGGAGGCCCACGCCCAGGGAGGCUAGAGCUGUUGAAGGCUGGCUGAACAAAUCAUCUGAACUGGACAAAGCGUUCUUCGCCAUGAACAAGAGCACGGCACACGCCAAAGGAAAACCAGUCUUAGGGAUCGUAGGAGCUCAAGCAGCCGAAGGGCAGGAGAUGUUGGCUAAACCCUGGAAGAAGGAAAAGAGGCACGCGAAUAAAAAUAAGAAAGAAAAGUUGAGACGGGUAUACUCGCACCUUGACGAGCACUGAUGUUAGACAGAGAUGGAAGAACCUUGUGAGUGCUGCUUAUAUUAUUCUGUGAAACCAGUUUUCAUUUUCUCAGGUGCUGAUAGAUUUGCUUCACAGCGGCUGAGCUUAAAAAGUUCUUGUUUGCUGAGGGAAUAUAUGAGUAAAUGAGACUUUGAAAACAUAUAGGAUAGUAUAGUAGCGGUCAUUUGUUUCCUAAUAGCAUUUUCUAAACGACCAAUACAUACAGUACAGUAGGGUGACCAUUCUGUGUUACACCUGAGCAUAUUACUUCUUCAUAAAUUCAGUCGAACUGUGUUCCAUUACUUCUCAUUUUGGGGUAUUUAAAUGUGACAUAUUAAUAGGACAACUGAAUUAACGAGGAUUUAAUAUGCCUAUAGGAUUAUAGGGAGUAGAAAUGUAUGUUUAUUUAUGUAUUUUAUAGUCGCACUUUGAGUGCGUGCGUGAUUCAUACUUUGUGAAUUUUAUCAUCUUUUUGCAUUCACAUCUGUGUGUGGAGUGACUAUGUUACAUUUAAAAUUUCACAUAAGUCAGUAUAAUUGUAAGAUUUUAAUCGAGCAGUAAAGUGCAGCGAUAUUAAUUUCCAAAAUGAGGUUCACUUAAAUACCAUACAUAAUGAAAUAGUCUAUUUAAAAUAUAUAACGUAUUCAUUUUCAUUCAUCCAUGAUCAAGAUCAUCGUUGCUUAAAUUGACUAUUUAUAAAAAAGGAUGUUAAUUGCAUCUAAAUCUUGAUAAACGAUUAGCUAGACGUCAAUGUUACCAGUUAACCCACUUUUGUAAAUAAACGCAACAACCUAUAUUUUCGAAA